AUGCAUGUCGUGGAACCAGACCGUUUCCCGGUCUCGCCAAACGCAGUAUACAAGCCAAAUCCGCAUUCGCUGGCCGAAGCCUGGGCCUUCGAGUCUGCACUAGGCAUCGAAAAUGUGGUCUUUGUGCAGCCUUCCAUUUAUGGAACGGACAAUUCAUGUCUGCUAGAUGCCCUACAAAAGACAGGUCCGUCUCGCGGCCGAGGCGUUGUGGUGGUUGAUCCUGCCACCGUUCAGCCUGAGACCGUGGAACGGUGGCAUUCCUUGGGGGUGCGUGGGCUGAGAGUCAAUCUUCAGUCGGUAGGGAAGGUGAUGGAUAAAACGGAGUUGGAGGAAACAUUGCUCCAGCAUGCCAAAAUUGCCCGACUUCAGGACUGGAUUAUUGAAAUAUAUCUGCCCCUCAAGAUGGUCUCAAUAGUCGAAUCGAUUCUCCCAACACUGGGCGUGCGUAUCUGCAUUGAUCAUUUUGGCAGCCCAGAGCUUUCAGCGCCGAGUCACAAUGCUUUGUCGUUCAACCCCUACGCCUUGGAGGGAUUUUCAUCAUUGAUCUCGCUCUUACGCGGCGGAAAGACCUAUGUCAAGGUUUCCGCUCCGUAUCGGCUCAGUCAAGAUCAUGAAAUGCGCGAUCUUCAGACGAUGGCACACGAGUUUCUUUCGGUGGCCCCAGACCGGGUCAUCUAUGCCACGGAUUGGCCACACACUCGUUUUUCUGGGGUUGAUAUCAGUCCCUUCACCGAAUGUUGCCUGAACCUUUGUGCAGCUACACCGGGCUUAGCUGACCGGCUAUUUCGCAAGAACACCGAGGAGAUGAUGGGGGUCACAUCUCAUUGA